UUGCUGGGCCCAGGACAAAGUCAACUGAAAGGGCCCCCUACCCGAUACACACAAUGUAAUGGGAAACCAAUUCUGGGCCCCCUAUUUGCCCGGGACAGCAUACCCCUUUGACCCCCUGUCGACGGGCCUGGAGGACAUUACAUUUCUCUACGUAUUUGGUUCAAUAGCCAAUGGCAGUAAGAAAAUUACAUUAACAGUUCAGUUCCAGUCCGUGGCGCAGAUGGGCAUGGCUACAUGCAUUAUGUUCAAGUAAAAAAUGACCUCAUAUUAAUCCACUGUGCGCCAUACAAUAGACAGAUAUCACGUUCAAGUGUACGCUACUUACAGUGUACCCUACUAUAAAUGUGAUGUUUAGGUAUUGUCGAGUCAUCGUGGAACCCGACUACCUUUACGCAGCCAGGAACGCAAAUGGCGCGCCAUAUGAUGGCAUCAUUAGCACCAAUGAAUUAUCGGUUCAUCUGUUAUUACCUCCUUCCUUGAUGCAGUAGGGCCACCUGCCAGGCGCCUGACUGACAGCUGAAUAGCAGCGGUGCUCGAUGAGGCGAUAUGGUUCACGGGCGUCCAGUUUCGUCCGGUGCUAUGUGAUAGCCCGGGCUCCUGUUCCGUGUCUGCGCGCAGCUUGGCUGCAGCUUACCGCCAAGCGCCAAGCGUUAAAAACGGCCGAUCUGAGCGCGCGGGACACAGGCAAAUGGAAACCGCUCAUCGCGAUUUAGGAGGGAAUUGACUUUAAUUGGGGUUGAGUGAGCCAGUAUGAAAGUCUGUCUGCAGGUCUCGUCGGAGUUUCCAAAAGUCCUCGGACAAGGAAAAAUACUUUACUCGGCGUAGUGGUUAUGAAAGCGCAAACAUGGAAAGAGGAGUUCUAUACAUUUACUUUGCAAUGAUGCUGGUGAGAGGUAAGUCUCUUCGUUCAUAAAUGUACAUGUACUUUUGACCCUGUUGUAUGGUCCAAUGUGCAUGUUCACAGGCUACUUUGGAGAGCCGAUGAAGAGCAAAAUAAGACAAUUAUAAAUGUCUUGGUCCUGUUGGUAAAUGUCCAUGUGGACAUUAUGUGUGUGUAUUUUAUGUAGGCCUUCUUCACACCUUAAUGUCCCCCUGGGGAUCAAUGAAGUUACUCUACUCUAAGAUGUGACACUUUUUUAUGCAGCUGUGUUUGGAAGAUGAAAAUAUUUUCACAAUAUUGUAAAUAAACAUAGCCAUAUCUGUUAAAAUUGGUUUGUAUUGUAUUAUGUGAACGUAAAAGGCGUUUGUCUACCUCAAAACAUUGCCUUUUUCCCUUUAAUUUUUUGUGUCCUUUCUUGAGUAUGCCGAGCAUGUUUGUGGAUACUGUAACACAAAGAAUCAGACUCACCAUGAUUCACAAUGAUUGUGCUGACAAUGGCACUACAGCAGUUGAGAUAGCACUACAUGAUUCAUUAGUAAAUGAUUCUUGUGCUGCCAUAAUAAGGACAUGGAUGACUCCCAUUAUAAUGAAGACCAACUUCCAAGAUCUUUUAACUGAAUAUAGUGCAUUAUUUCUGAACAUAAUUUUCAUUUUAAUAAUCGUGAAAAUGUCCUAAAGAACACCUAGUGUGAGAUCUUAAGAUGUGCAUAAUGCAGUAGCCAGUAUUACCAUACGGGUAUAAUACCAUAUUGUUAUAAUGAAACACAAGUUUCUGUAUAUUCUGUAUUUGUAAAUUGUGUUAGUUAACAUUCUACAACAUUUUUGAAAUACAAUUUGAAUGUUUCAUGAUUUCACCCUCACAAGUGGUGACUUCUGCGAAGGGCUUUUACGCUCAGAAGCUGAUGACGGAUCUGAUGGAGAACUACUCCAACGCCUUGCGGCCUGUGGAGGACACUGAUGCGGCCCUCAAUGUCACACUGCAGGUGACACUGUCCCAAAUCAAAGACAUGGAUGAGAGGAACCAGGUGCUGAUAGCGUACCUGUGGAUCAGGCAGACGUGGCACGACCCGUACCUGAAGUGGAACAAGGAGGACUACGACGGCCUGGAGGUCAUCCGCAUCCCCAGCAGCCUGGUGUGGAGACCAGACAUCGUCCUCUAUAACAAAGCGGACGAUGAGGAGAAUGGGCCCAUGGAGACCAACGUAAAGCUGCGGUACGACGGCGAGAUCAUCUGGGACACACCCUCCAUCACCAAGAGCUCCUGCGUGGUGGACGUCUCCUAUUUUCCCUUCGACUACCAGGAGUGCAACCUGACCUUUGGCUCCUGGACCUACAAUGGAAACCAGGUGGACAUCAUCAUGGGCAUGGACAGUGGCGACCUGUCAGACUUCGUGGAGAACGUGGAGUGGGUGUGCCACGGCAUGCCGGCCCAGAAGAACGUCAUCAUGUACGGCUGCUGCUCGGACCCCUACCCCGACAUCACCUACACCGUGAAGCUGCAGCGCCGCUCUUCCUUCUACAUCUUCAACCUGCUGGUUCCCUGCUUCCUCAUCUCCUUCCUGGCACCGCUCAGCUUCUACCUGCCUGCUGACUCUGGAGAGAAGGUGUCACUGGGUGUAACUGUGCUGCUGGCCCUCACUGUCUUCCAGCUCAUGGUGGCCGAGAGCAUGCCACCAUCGGAGAGUGUGCCACUCAUAGGAAAGUACUAUGUGGCGACGAUGACGAUGAUCACGGCGUCCACCACACUGACCAUCUUCAUCAUGAACAUCCACUUCUGCGGGGCCGAGGCCAAGCCUGUCCCACAGUGGGCCAAAGCCCUCAUCAUCGACUACUUGGCCAAGAUCUUCUUUGUGUACGAGGUGGGCGAGAACUGCACUUCCCCACAGGACGAGACGCAUGAAGACCACCCUUUUUUCCCAAAUAUGGAUGAGCACAAGCAUCAACAGGCUGACAAACACCACCACUACCACCGGCUGCACCAAAAUGAGAAGAACUUCCAGCGUCAUCAUCAAGGCCGCAACAGCCAUCCUCAUCACCCUCAGCCCAAUGGGAUACUCAAGGGACCAGGAGGCCCAGAGGGGAAGAAAGGGAGCCUACGCUACAACAAGCCCGGCUCUCCACCUCUCCCCAACAUCCCUGAAGAUGACUUCUCCAUCCUCAAGCCCCCGGUCUCCCAGACCUACGACGGGCUCAAUGGGUCAAAGACCUGCCUCUUGAAGGAGGUGCCUCCUCCUACGCCUUGUUGUCCAGAUGAGAAGAAACCGCCCUCGUCCACCUUCACGUCCACCACCACCUGCUCCUGCCGGUUCUGCAGCUCCCCGCCGCCCCCUAGCUGCUGGGACGAGGCGUUCAUGUCGCCGGACCAUGCAGCGUUGAUGCGCAACGUGGAGUACAUCACCAACUGCUUCCGCGAGCAGCGCUCCACCUGCAUCAAGGUGGCCGAGUGGAAGAGGGUGGCCAAGGUGAUGGACCGCUUCUUCAUGUGGAUCUUCUUUGCCAUGGUCUUCAUCAUGAGCAUCAUCAUCAUGGCCAAAGCCGAGUCGGUGUAGCCUCAUACGGUGCACCAUAUGCCGCAAGUGGAACUACUUACUACUUACUUUUCCUCUUUGUCCCGGCUGGGACAUAAGGCCGAGCAUCCUCUUUAUAGCCAAAGCCAAGUCGGUGUAGCCUCAUACAGUGCACCCUAUACCACAAGUGGAAUUACUUACUGCUUACUUAUCCUUUUCGUCCAGGCUUGGACAUAAGGCCGAAAUCAUUACACUGCCACUGAACCUUAUCUCAUGGAAUCCUGCCAUGGAAUCCUGCCAGCGGAAUGCUCUGCUGAUAAUAGACCAUGACUUGGUCAUUACCGCUCUGGCAACAACAAACGUAUAAUGGGAGCCGUGUCUCAGCACAUUAAAAUGCUCUGUGAAAGAAUCUUUAGGGAAAGUUCUUCAGUGAAGAGCAGUGGAAAGAAGUCUACCUAUUGCAUGACAUUACUGUAGCGGGUGCAUUUAUUAUCCAUCUUGGGCAAAGCGUAGUUGGUGUAAGCCCCUUUGCACAGAUGCUCCGUUAUAACAUUACUGUCACA